AUGUCAGGUUUCGGCUCGAUCGGGUCACGGAAAUACGCUGAGCGGCAAAACUUGGCUCUGCAAGCCACCACUGAACAGCAGGCUGUGGACGAGGUGGUCGGAACUGCGACAGAACCAGUGGUAGACAGGCCCCAAUACAAGCCGACGACCAAGAUCCUAUCGGGCAGACAAGAACACCGGAAGGCGAUGAUCGUCCUGUCGGCUCCUGCAAAGGAGUUGAACACCGCACAAGGGACCUCGGGUGAAGAAUCGGCAGGGUUUCGACCGGAGGAAGAGAGUCAUACCAAUACGAUAGAUCUACAGGGAGAAACCGAAAGUGAUCGAGAGCAGCCGCGAUCAACAGAACAGAGAGGGACGCUAGCUGAACCAGAAGGAGAAACUGACGACGAAAUGGACGAACGAUAUAUCUUCCGUGAAGACAUCGAAAACAAGAUGGCUGUCCUGGCGGAAGUAGAAGCUACCACAAAGGAGAUGCAUCAGCUUGAUCAAGGUAACUCACUUGAUAACACGCAUCCGGUCACGUCGGUCUUGCGGUCAGUCGAGACUACCCACAUCUGCAAAUUUGAAAAGCUCGCGUCAAUCUUCCAUUGUGGAAUCGCAAGUCUCGAUGAUAUACGAGUAGAAGAUCCGCACGCGACCCAGGAGAAAUGUGAGCGGCUGCGCCGCAUGAUCGGGAAGCGAUGCCACUUGCUGAUAGGAGCCAUUAACGCUCUACCACCAGCCUCUCACGGAGCUAUUUGCGACAUUGAUGUCGAAACGGCUAAACCGGGCCUGCUGUCGGCAAAGCUCAUCAUCAACUCCACCUCGCCCUGGGCGUCACCCAUCGUAGUCAUCAUCAAGGCUAACAGAGCCGACAUCCGCCCCUGCACCGACUACCAGGUGAUGAAGAGUUUGACGAGACUGAUGGUGUAUCCCAUGCCGUUGAUCAACGACCUCCUCGAAGAUAUAGAUAAGGCGCUGUGGUAUUGCUCCCUUGAUAUGGCCAGCAGUUUCUGGAUGGUAUCAAUGACCCCGCGAGCGAGGCUGGUGUCGGCGUUCAUGACACCGUUUGGGAUGCCGUUCGGAAUCCUAAUGAGGAACGCCCCUCAGAUCUAUCAACGGAUCGUCGACAAUGCAUUAUACGGUCACAUGCGCAUCAAGCCCGAUCAGGAUAUAUCGGACCCCGUUGACGUCUUCAAGGAAGGAGCCGGAGCCUGA